UUCUACCGUUGUAGUGCCGUCAUCAGUGCUCGACGGUUGUCUUCAUAGGCGUGUCUUCUUGCAGCGGUACAUUCAGAAAUAUUUCUGUACUUACGGUUGGCAGGUGAAUGUGAUUGGUGGGGUAUUAGUGAUAAAAUCCGUCUCAGCGGUAGGUUUUGAUCUGGCAAUUUGAAGUAAGUGCUGAAUUGCACAUUUCAUCAGAUGAUGAUUAUCUAGGAGUGUGACACUUCAUUUACUUUGGUCAUCCUAAAAAAAAAUGUCAUCUUCCAAUCCGUGGGAUUCUGUGCAACCUACUGCAGCUGCUUUUGUUUUGGCGAAAAAUGUGGCUUGUGGCUUAGUUACUCAGGAAAACAUGGAAACCAUUCGGAAAGAUCUUUCAUGUUUUACACAUCUGUCAAAGGUUGAAAAAGUUGGCACACUUCAAGCAGAGAUGGAAGAGAAAACACUGGAACUAGAUCUUCUGUGGCUACAGCAGGAAGUAGCAGAUAUUGCCCAUCCAUAUUAUUUGGAGAAAAAGUUACAGAUCCUACAGGAAAUGAAUAGCCACCUAGAAAGUGUGUUGAAGGAAAAGCGAUCCCUAAGACAGCGACUCAUGAAACCACUGUGCCAGGAGAGUCUUGCUAUUGAGGCCAGUUUCCACAGAUAUGUGGCAGAGCUGCUGAAGAUGACUGUGACCUUUAUUGGGAAGCUGGAUUCCUAUUUGGAGACUAUAAAGACUAUCCCAGAAAUGGCUCACACAAUGAAAGAAAUGGAUACAGCAGUUGCAAAGAUGACAUGUUUAGUGAUCGAGACAGAAGAACUGGUGAAACAUGUCCAGAAGUGGAGAGAUCAGCACCAACAAAUUAAGAACCGCAGUUUCAUCAAUUUACUAUGAAUUGUAUGGCUGAUUGGAUGACCAUUGCUUUUGCAAAGAUCACAGUUUAAGAAGCAUUUGUGUUUCAUUAUAGAGAUGGCCAGAACAGAGACAUCAUUUUUUGAUGAUAACUAGGGCCUGUUACUUGUCAAGGAAUAUGUUUUGAAUACAUUUAUUAAAUUGUGUACAGUUUUGUAAUUUUUGGGAAUAUGUUUAGCACAGGGCACUUUGUAUAGUAAAAGUCUGUUUACCUCGCA